AUGGCGAUGCUUCCGCCCCCCGCCCCGACAGCUGCCCAGCACCAGAAAGCGUGGGAAGCAAAUCAUAACGUCUCCGUCAUGUGUCCCGACUGUCGAGAGGUCCCGGCAAACCUAGUUGAAGAGUUUUCAUCGGGUGAUAUGGUGUGCGGCUCUUGCGGGCUGGUUCUUGGUGACCGUAUCGUGGAUACUAGAUCCGAAUGGCGUACCUUCUCCAACGACGAUCAGGGUGGUGAUGAUCCUUCGCGUGUUGGUGACGCUGCGAAUCCAUUCUUGAAUGGAGCUCAGCUCGAGACCACAAUUUCUUAUACACCCGGCGGUGCGGGACGAGAACUCCACAGAGCGCAGAGUAAGACAUCGCAUGAUAAGACCGCGAAAGGGCUCCUGGCCGCGUAUAAGGAGAUUGGUGCUUUCUGCGACUCCAUCAAUAUCCAGAAGAUUGUGUCGGACGCGGCCAAGCAGCUGUUUAAGGUUGUCGAUGAUAACAAGGCGUUCAAAGGGAAACCUCAGGAGGCCAUCAUCGCCGGGUGCAUUUUUAUUGCCUGCCGUCAGUGUAAUGUCCCGCGAACGUUCCGUGAGAUCUUUGCGUUGACAAAGGUUCCAAAGAAGGAGAUUGGGCGUGUCUUUAAGGCACUGGAGAAGUUCUUUGCCGCACAGGAUAGCAAGAAGAUGGAGGAAAUCACAAAGAGCGGUGGUAUCGUGGAUGAUAGUCAGCAGUACAGGACUACUAGCUCGACGAAGGCCCACGACCUCAUGAUCCGUUACUGCAAUAAUCUGAACCUUUCGCAGAACUGUACUACAAUCGCCCAGGAGCUUGCUAGCAGGGCAGCGAACACUGGGACUUUAGCCGGAAGAUCCCCGAUCUCUAGUGCUGCGGCUUGUAUCUAUAUGGUCUCCUACCUCAUGAAACAACCCAAGACCGCGAAAGAGAUUUCAGGCGUCGCGGGUGUCAGUGAUGGGACGAUCCGGAACGCCUACAAGCAUCUCUACAACGAUCGGGCAAAACUCAUUGACCCCAAGUGGAUCGAGAACGGAAAGGGGGACAUUAGCUUGCUCCCAUCAUCCUAA